AAGAAAUGGAGACAUAAAAAUAUACAUCUCCAUAUGCCAAAUUGUAAUCUGUUGAUCUAAUUCUAGGUGGGAAUAGAAAGAUUGGCGAGAAGUACUCAUAUAGGAGAUCAAGACUAAUAAUCCAAAUGCCAAAAUCACGAAUAAGACAUUAAUCGAAUAAUAUUUUAAGCGAUAUAUGAUGCUCUAACCAACUGAUAAAUCCAAUCUUAUUGUCAAUCACCCUGCUUUAUCGUAGGUACAAUCCUUAUUCUGAAAAGGUCGAUAAAGAGAAAAUUGACAAAGUGACAAAUGAUACUAUGUUGAGUUUAGUUAAUGCUACUGCAGGCUGCACUGUUGCUUCACUAUUUUUCUAUAAAUUACUAUUAAGCAAAAGGAGAAUUUUUUAUGAUUUCUAUAGAAAGGGAAGGUUAGCAAUUGUGAAAAAGCCCUUAUCAAUAUUUGUGUUAUUCACCACUUGGGGAGCUGUCUUAUCCUAUGGUUAUAAGCAAACUAUUCCAUUUGAAUUAUUCAAAUAAGGUAUGUACAAAAAAUAUCUGAUUGAAUAUGAGAAAGUAUAUUUGUGA